AUGUCUGGUAUUAAAAAAGCUGGUGUUUUAGGUGCAACUGGUUCAGUUGGUCAAAGAUUUAUAUUAUUAUUAUCUAAGCAUCCAGAAUUUAAAAUUCAUGCAUUAGGUGCAAGUUCAAGAUCGAGUGGUAAAAAAUAUUCAGAUGCAGUUCAGUGGAAACAACAAGAUAUCUUACCUGAAUCAGCUUCAAAUAUUAUAGUUGAAGAAUGUAAACCAGAUGGAAAUUUUAAAGAUUGUGAUGUUGUUUUUUCAGGUUUAGAUUCUGAUGUAGCUGGUGAAAUUGAAAAAAAUUUUGUUGAAUCUGGUUUAGUAGUUAUAUCAAAUGCUAAAAAUUAUAGAAGGGAACCAAAUGUCCCAUUAGUUGUACCAAUAGUUAACCCUGAACAUAUUAAUCUUGUUGAAAAUAAAGUUAAACUGGAGCUUGCAAAAGGUAAUGAAAAACCUGGAUUUUUAAUUUGUAUAUCAAAUUGUUCAACUGCUGGAUUAGUUGCACCUUUAAAGCCUUUGGUUGAUAAAUUUGGUCCAAUUGAUGCAUUAACUGCAGUUACAUUACAAGCUAUAUCUGGUGCUGGAUUUUCACCUGGUGUUUCAGGUAUGGACAUUUUAGAUAAUAUAGUUCCUUUCAUUUCUGGUGAAGAAGAUAAAUUAGAAUGGGAAACUAAAAAGAUAUUAGGUGGUAUUAAUUCAAAUGGAACUGAGUUUGAACCUAUUUCAGAUGAUAAAAUGAAAGUUAGUGCUCAAUGUAAUAGAGUUCCAGUUAUAGAUGGUCAUACAGAAUGUAUAAGUCUUAGGUUUGCAAAUAGACCACCACCAUCAGUUGAAGAAGUCAAAAAAUGUUUAAGAGAAUAUGUUUGUGAUGCAAGUAAAUUAGGAUGUCAUUCAGCACCAAAACAAACAAUUCAUGUUUUAGAACAACAGGAUAGACCACAACCAAGAUUAGAUAGAGAAAGAGAUAAUGGAUAUGGUGUUUCAGUUGGUAGAAUUAGACAAGAUUCAUUAUUGGAUUUUAAAAUGGUUGUAUUAUCUCAUAAUACAAUUAUUGGAGCUGCUGGUUCAGGUAUUUUGAUAGCAGAAAUAUUAAAAGCAAAGAACUUAAUUUAG